AUGGGUCGAGCAGCGCAGUGGCAACCAUCCGGGGAGAAUCUGGGAUCGAAAAAGAGCGAAAUGCGCUACGUGGCGCCGAGAGUAACCGUCGAUCGAAUACUACGGCGUAUCAAUAACGAGGGGACUGCGCAGGGCGCCCGAGACGCAAAACAAUUCGAGUUUGCAGCAAUUCUCAGGGCAAGACAGGCGCAGUCUCGGCGCGGUGGUUUCGCGCGACUCUCCCGCGGUGGAUCGGUCGAUGGCAAGUCUCGGGACACGAACAAAGAUGCCCGGGUCAGACAACAGACCAUGCAAGAAACCCAGAAACACUUCCCCAGCCCCAGCGAAACUCGCAGUGGAAGGCUGCACACAAACAGCGCUCUCAGCAGGGUACAGGACAGGGGAUUGGACCACGGUUGCGCCGCUGCAAGGAAGAACCCGAGCGGACAAGCGAGCACCCACGCUGCGACGCUGCUUUCGAUUACCCUCGCCCGCUGUGCGCAGCUGGCCGAGCGGCCGAACCGAAUCGCCUUGCCGUCUGCGCAGAGCGCCGCGUAA